AUGUCCUCCAUCCUGCCUUUCACGCCGCCAGUGGUGAAGCGCCUGCUAGGCUGGAAGAAGGCGCCAAGCACUUCUGGGGUCGGGGCAGGUGGCGGAGGCAGCGGCGAGCAGCACGGCCAGGAGGAGAAGUGGUGCGAGAAGGCUGUGAAGAGCCUGGUGAAGAAGCUGAAGAAGACGGGCCAGCUGGAUGAGCUGGAGAAGGCCAUCACUACCCAGAACAGCAACACCAAGUGUGUGACCAUCCCCAGCAAUUGGUCUGAAAUGUGGGGACUGAGUACAUCCAAUACCAUAGAGCAGUGGGAAGCCUCAGGCCUUCACAGCUACCCAGACCAAACCAGGUCCCUAGAUGGGCGGCUGCAGGUGUCCCACCGUAAGGGCCUCCCCCACGUCAUCUACUGCCGCCUGUGGCGCUGGCCCGACCUGCACAGCCACCACGAGCUGCGUGCCGUCGAGGCCUGUCAGUACGCCUUCAACCUUAAGAAGGACGAGGUGUGCGUCAAUCCCUACCACUACCAGCGGGUGGAGACACCGGUUUUGCCGCCCGUCCUGGUCCCAAGGCAUUCGGAGAUCCUGGCGGGGCUGCCCCCUCUGGAUGACUACACUCACUCCAUACCUGAGAACACAAGCUUCCCAGCUGGGAUCGAGCCCCCGAACAAUUACAUACCAGAGACGCCUCCCCCCGGGUAUAUCAGCGAGGAUGGGGAAACCAGUGACCAACAGAUGAACCACAGCAUGGACUCAGGGUCUCCUGCUGAAAUGUCGCCAAAUACACUCUCACCAAUCAACCACAACUUGGACCUCCAGCCGGUGACGUACUCGGAGCCAGCCUUCUGGUGCUCCAUCGCCUACUACGAGCUGAACCAGCGCGUGGGCGAGACCUUCCACGCCUCGCAGCCGUCGCUGACGGUGGAUGGCUUCACGGACCCCUCCAAUUCUGAGCGCUUCUGCCUGGGCCUGCUGUCCAACGUGAACCGCAACGCCACAGUGGAGAUGACACGCCGGCACAUAGGGCGGGGGGUGAGGCUGUACUACAUCGGCGGGGAGGUGUUCGCAGAGUGCCUCAGUGAUAGCGCCAUAUUCGUUCAGAGUCCCAACUGUAACCAGCGGUAUGGCUGGCACCCGGCAACCGUCUGCAAAAUCCCCCCAGGCUGUAACCUGAAAAUCUUCAACAAUCAGGAGUUCGCCGCCCUACUGGCCCAGUCGGUCAACCAGGGGUUCGAGGCGGUGUACCAGCUCACCAGGAUGUGCACCAUCCGCAUGAGUUUCGUCAAAGGCUGGGGCGCCGAGUACAGACGACAGACGGUGACUAGCACCCCCUGCUGGAUUGAACUGCACCUUAAUGGACCACUACAGUGGCUGGACAAAGUUCUGACCCAGAUGGGCUCACCUUCCGCACGCUGCUCUAGUAUGUCAUAAUGCCCCCCCACACCCUUGCCCAGGAUACUACCUGCACCAGUCCCAGAAGACCUUCCCCCAACCCCCACCUUGCCUUCACUGUUCUGACUACAUCAUGGCACUUACUGACCAAUCAGCUACAUGCACCUUGUUUUAAUUAUGUUCGCCCAAAACCAUAGAUGUUAGACCUGUUAAUAGUCCAAAUUAAAUGUGUGCUGGUGUAAAAGUUCGUUAGAUGUGGCCUAAAGCCAGGAUCUUCCUUGCAGUAUUACAGGACAUUUGUCUGCGGAGAAAAUUGGCUUUCUGUAACUUAUUUUCAGUUUUUUGUCGGCAAGACCAAACAUUAACUUUUAUCUGACAAAAAGCUUGCGGUUAUUCAGGAAUUCAGGCUGAAGUGGACAUGGAAUGAACGAUCAGUUUUCUGUAAUCUUGUGAGUGAAAUGCAGUGUGACAGGCAUCAAUGUUUAGCUCCGUUCCUGUAGUAGAACGUAACGGUUUGUUUCAGAGGCGUGUUGACCCCUGUGUUCCUUCGAGCAGGUGGGAAGCUGCAGCUUGGGUUGGGCCCAGUCCAUCCUAGCCUGCUGCUUUUCCCCUGCAGCUUGGCACUUAUCUGGCGUGUUCUGUAAACGACAAGCCCAUGUACUGGGCUCGAUCCAGUCUCAUCCCUGCUUCGGUCAGAGACUGACUUUUCUGGGCCAGGACCAGCCUAUCAGGAUGAUUCUCAUACUGUGGUUGUACCAACAUACGGUGCCCAAGCCUCUCCACACUAAAGUAUGAAGGAAAUCUACCACUGACAACAUUUCAGUUUUUUUUUUUUUCUUUUACCUACUUUUUUAUUCUCAUGUAUUUUUAUAUAUAUAUGAAUAUUUAAAAUCUCUGUAGCUCACUUUUUAUUCAAAUGUAGUAUUUUUUAAACUAUGACCAAUUUUUAAAGGAACAGAGCUUCUUGAAGUAUUAAACUGAUAACAAGCAUUCCUAGGUCCAGUUUGAGUCUGUUCUAUUAGAAGCUUUGCCUUAGUGAUCCCCUGCCCUUGAAACCAAUAUUUAAAAAAAAAAAGUCUGCUUUAUUUUUAAAUAAUUUUAAAAAUGGUGCAAUAAAGUUUUGCAACUAGACCUUCAAUGCUUUUGGCCUGAGCUUGUCUUGUUUGAGAUUUUCCCCCUAGUGCAUCAUUGGUUCACGGGACCCAUGAAGUAUUUUGCUUCAGAAUUUAUUAUUUUUUGGAAGCAUUUUGUUGCCCCUCAGAGCUGGAAAAAAGUGACACGUCAGAAGUCACAGUCUCGACAGUGUUCCCCCAGCAUGCAUUGGGCAGGAAGAGGAAGUGAGGUGGUCUUUGAAACACCAUUGCUACCAUGGAAACAUUUUGUGUUAAUGGACAUGUGACCGUCCUUCCUUUUCAUUGAUUUAUUGAUUCAUGUUGCACUGGCAAUUUUUGUUUUUUUAUAAGUGCAACUGAUCAGCUUAGAUUUAGAGAUGAUAAUGUAGUGACCUCUCUGUAAUCCUUGGAAGCCCUCUCCCCUCAAAGCUUGGAGCCGUUCUGUUGGCCUUUGAGGACCAUUAGGAAAGACAGAAUGGGUUUUGGACAUAUAUACAGAAAUGUGUGUGUAUAUAGUAAAUAUUUUAAAUUCUGGCAAAGCAUUUUAGUGUGCUUGUUGAACCAGUAAAGGGAUGAUGGCGAAUUAUCGGUUGAAUUUAAGACUAAGCUCUUCAGCCAUGUUGCAUAUGCACUCUUCAUAAACACACUAAUAAAGGUUUUUAUUCUCA